GUUGUGGGCAAAUUUAAAGCUACUUCACUGAGUCAAUUUAUAAAGAAAGAUAGAAAAAGUGGUCACAAAUGCUGUGCAGCAGCUUCUUGUAACAGAAGUGACAAUCGAUCUGACCUACAUGUACAUUUGUAUCAUUUCAUGAGUUUCCAUCAGACACACAACAAAGAAAGAAGUGGGAAAUUUUAAUGAAAAGAGGAGAUAACUUCUUUGCCGCUGUAGGAAACAAGUUCUGUUGUUCAGAACACUUCUUACUGAUGGAUAAUAAACAAAGUCUGACUGGUCUACAUGUAAGACGGGACCUCAAUGCCAUCGGUUUUUCCUUGGACUAA